AACAAUGUCGAUGAGCCCUAAGCAUACGACUCCUUUUUCUGUUUCCGAUAUCUUGAGUCCCCUUGAGGAGAGCUAUAAGAAAGUAAGUAUGGAGAAUAACAACUUGGGGGCACCUCUCACUUCUUACCGGCAGCCGCAGGUCUCUCAGGCGGCGAUGCAGCAGCACCACAUGGGCCAUAAUGGGACUGUGUCUGCGGCUUACCACAUGACUGCGGCAGGUGUUUCUCAGCUGUCACACACGGCGAUGGGGGGCUACUGUAACGGCAACCUGGGAAACAUGGGCGACCUGCCGUCCUACCAGGACGGCAUGAGGGGCAGCACCACGGCCACCGGCUGGUACGGAGCCAACCCAGACCCGCGCUUCUCCACCAUUUCUCGCUUCAUGGGUUCCUCGUCGGGCAUGAACAUGGGCAGCAUGGGCAGCCUCAGCUCCCUGGCAGACGUGGGUAAAGGCAUGGGGUCUCUGUCCAGCACCCCGAGGAGAAAGAGGCGAGUCUUGUUCUCCCAGGCGCAGGUCUACGAGCUGGAGCGACGCUUCAAGCAGCAGAAAUACCUGUCGGCGCCGGAGAGGGAGCACCUGGCAAGUAUGAUCCACCUCACCCCGACCCAGGUGAAAAUCUGGUUUCAGAACCACCGGUACAAGAUGAAGAGGCAGGCGAAAGACAAAGUGUCCCAGCAGCAGAUGCAGCAGGACAGCGGCUCUUGCCAGCAGCAGCAGCAGCAGUCCCCGCGGAGGGUGGCCGUGCCGGUGCUGGUGAAGGACGGGAAGCCGUGCCAAGGCAGCGGCCACACGCCCACAUCCUCCGCACAGACCCACCACCAGCAAGGGGGCAAUGUCAUGAUCAUGUCCAACAACACGUCCGGUCUCGGGCAGCAUCAGAGCCAGCAGGUGGGAAGCACAGGUCACUCUCCAGAUUUGGCGCCGCACUCCUCCAGUCCGCCGUCGCUGCAGAGCCAAGUGGCCGGCCUCUCCCACCUCAAUUCCCCCGGCGCAGAGUACGGCUCGGCCCUGCAGUGUUCAGCCCUGUUAUACGGCAGGACGUGGUGACAAGAGGCGCCGGCUAUGAUUUAAAACCAAU